GUUGAAUGUGUCUUGUUAUGUUUCCAUAAGUCUUUAAAAGGUUUUUUAUGGUGAUUCACGGUUGUCAUGCCGCGUUACUGCGCCGUCAAAGUGUGCAGGAACCGCGGAGGGUCUGCGUCGAGGCGAGACAACAAGAGAAUCAGCUUCUACCCUUUCCCAUUGCAAGACAAACCAAGACUCCAGAAAUGGGUGGACAACAUCGGGAGGGAGGACUGGACCCCGAGUCGACAUCAGUACCUGUGCAGUGAACAUUUCACCACCAAUUGCUUCGAUAUCCGCUGGGGGAUCCGCUACCUGAAGAACACCGCCAUCCCCACCAUUUUCCCCUCCGAGGUAAAUGGUAGCGCCAAAAGAAGCUCAGAGGCGUUUGACAGCGACUCCACCGGGUCCGACAGGAAGAGGCCGCUCACGCUUGGCAGAACUUCCGGAAAGGCACAAUCGGGCUCCGCAAAUCACACGCAGAAGACGGAACUCAAUCAGGAGCGACAGCUGACCCCCGACAUCCACCCCGCAACCCACGAGCUGGAUUUAGACGCCAAAGCUGCCGCUAGUCGCAUAUGGGGAGAGGAACCCCUGGAGGAAGAGCGCGUCACUAUUUACGAACACACGUACUGCAGACAGGACACCGCCAGGCAUCGGCUGUGGAGUAAAAUCCUGAGCCUGCGUGCGAACAUCUUGGAGCUGGAUCGAAGGGAGAAGAACACUGUGGUGAAAAUCCAGGCUUUGGAGGCGGAGGUGGCCCUCCUCAAGAAGAUGUUUUCAAAGAGAAGGAGUUAGACCAGGGAUGUCAAACUGGUUUUUCAUUGAGGGCCACAUCGCAGUUAUGGCUGCCAUCAGAGGGCCGCUUGUAACAGUGAAUAAUGUAUGAAUUUUCCUCUGGAUUUCAUUAUUAAUAAUAUAUAUAUAUAUAUAUAUAUAUAUAUAU